UGAUAAACCAUGAUCUCUACCUCAGCAAAUCUCCGAUUUCCUCUCUUUGCUUAGCUUCUUCGCUUCCACUCUCUUCUUCCCAGAACUGCUAGUCUUCGUGCAGACGCAGAUUUCGUCCUCCUAAGCCACGUCCCUCCGUCGCUAGUGCCGCAGAGCUCUUGAGUCUCUCGGUCUCGGGUCAGUGGCAGUGGCAGUUCGUAAAAAAUGGAGAGGAGAGCGGGGUUCUUCUCGUCCCUCAAAAACGAGGUGGUGCGAGGCUUGUCGCCGGCGAGGUCGCGGCCCAGAGCCAAGAGCCUGUCGCCGGCGAGGGCGGCCCGAAGCGAGUCGCCCAAGUCGAGUUCCCACCGGGGCAGGAGGAGCCGCCGCGUGAAGCGCCCCGAGUCGUCGAUUGUGAGGCACGCGGAGGCCCUGUCGCCGUUGGAGGAAGGGCCGGACCCGGACGGGACGGAGGGCCUAGAUUCGAGGAUGGAAGGGAGGUGGGGCCAGUGGAUGAAGGGUCAACGUCAACACUCCGUGUCUUCGUCGUCGUCUUCUUCGGGUGGGCGUGAUAAAGGGUCGAAUCUGAGGUUGUUGCUGGGGGUGCUGGGUGCGCCGCUCGCGCCUGUGCAUGUGAAUGCUGGUGAACCUCUGCCUCACCUAAGCGUCAAAGACACCCCCAUUGAAACUUCAUCCGCUCACUACAUACUGCAGCAGUUUGCAGCAGCAUCAGGGGCACAGAAGCUUCACACUGCCAUUAAUAAUGCUUAUGCCAUGGGGAAAUUGAGGAUGAUAGCUUCCGAGUUUGAAACGGGAAACAAGGUUGCGAGGAGCAAGAAUUCCUGCAAAGCUAUAGAGUCGGGUCGGUUUGUACUUUGGCAAAUGAACCCGGACAUGUGGUAUGUGGAGCUCGCUCUUGGUGGUAGCAAAGUUCAUGCUGGCUGCAAUGGGAAGCUUGUGUGGAGGCACACCCCUUGGCUCGGUCCACAUGCUGCAAAAGGGCCUGUUAGACCCUUACGACGAGCACUUCAGGGCCUCGACCCAAAAACCACAGCAAGCAUGUUUGCACACGCAAGAUGUGUGGGGGAGAAGAAAAUUGGCGAAGAAGAUUGUUUCGUCCUCAAGCUUUGUGCAGAUCCAACUACUCUGAAAGCCAGGUGUGAAGGGCCAACGGAGAUUAUACGGCACGUUCUCUUUGGCUAUUUCAGCCAGAAAACCGGGCUACUUGUUCACUUGGAAGAUUCGCACUUGACCCGCAUACAAAACAACGGAGGCGAUGCAGUGUAUUGGGAGACCACAAUCAACUCCAUUCUUGAUGACUACAGGCCUGUUGAGGGGAUCAUGAUUGCGCAUUCUGGGCGCUCAGUGGCAACACUAGUCAGGUUUGGAGAAACAGUGAGGAGCCAAACUAGGACUCGGAUGGAGGAAGCUUGGACGAUUGAGGAGGUGGCUUUCAACGUUCCAGGCCUGUCUGUCGACUGCUUCAUCCCCCCUGCUGAGCUGAGAUUCGCUUCUCUUGACAAAACGUCCGAAUUACCUCGCGUUCCGUGGGUUAGGAAUGUUGUGCCUGCUGCUCGGGCCAGGGUUGCCGCCCGAGAGAAAUCCACUGAGCUAUGAGGGUAGCAGUAGGAAGGGAAGUAAUUCAUGGCGGUGCUCAUAGCUGAUUGCAGUCAUGUUCGCUAGAUUCUGGUAAUUGCUGACAAAUUUAGAAGGCUGAGGCAUGGAUGUACUUGGGAGUUUCGCCAUUAGGAUGUACUCUAGUUUCCUUCAACUGUAAAUAGAAGGGUAGUCCACAGCUUUUUGGGAAGACACCAGGCUUGUUAAACUGGAAAAUUUUCGUAGAUUAUUGCGGUAGACAAGUUACCGGCUUUGAUGUCA